CGGGGAAGGGCCGGUCCCGGCGGGGCGGUGCCGAAUCGAACAUUCGGCGCUCGCGGGAGAAGCUGCGGCGAUCGCGCCGUGACCCAGCGCGGCCAUGGCCGGCUUCAUCAACUUCGCGGACGAGGAGGAGGUGCGGGCGUACCUGGAGAACCUGCACGUGGAGUACAGCUACCAGUGCUUCAAGGAGAAGGACCCGGACGGCUGCCAGCGCUUCGCCGAUUACCUGGACGCCGUGAGGAAGGACUUCGUGGCGGCGGCGCGGGUGCUGCGCGACAACUGCGAGGUGCACGGGCACAGCGAGAGCUGCUACAAACUGGGGGCCUACCAGGCCCUCGGCAAAGGUGGACUCAACCCAGAUUUGAAAGCUGCCUACAAAUCCUUCAUCAAGUCAUGUGAGAAAGGUGGGAAGAAGUCAGCAAAUGCAUGUCACAGCGCUGGGCUGCUGGCCCAGGACGGGAAAGCCAACAAUGAUCAGCCUGACCCUGUUGUUGCUAGAGACUAUUACACAAAAGCCUGUGAUGGCAAUUUUGCUCCCAGCUGCUUCAACCUGAGUGUGAUAUACCUGCAGGGAGCACCUGGGGUCCCCAAGGACAUGAGCCAUGCCUUGAAAUACUCGCUGAAAGGCUGUGAGCUGGGGCACGUGUGGGCUUGUGCCAAUGCCAGCCGCAUGUACAAACUGGGAGAUGGUGUUGAGAAGAAUGAUGCUAAGGCAGAGGAUCUGAAAAACAGGGCAAAACAGUUGCAUAAAGAACAGAAAGAAGCUGCAAGUUCUGUAACAUUUGGGGAGUAAAAGUUGCAGAGUUGGGGAGUUGGCAGUUGCAGAUAUUAAGACUGGUUUUUAAAUGGCAAGUGAACUUAAUAUUUAAAUUGUCACCGUACAGUUUUCAUUUAAAUAAAUAUCCUGUAUUUGGAUAUGCAAAUAAAAUUAUAUUUUUGUGGAUACAACAAA